GUCGCCCUACGCCCCGCGCACUCGCUCGGUCAAGGUCUGCGCCUGCGCGGCCGCUGCUCGCCGGCUCGCCGACCUGCGGGCUGGCGGCUACCGGGCGCGGACCCGGGCGAGCAGCCGGGCGCCCGCUGCUAUGGCAGUGAAACAGAAGUCCUGGAAGUAUAUGGGUAGUGACCUUGCCAGUUAGAGCCUUCUCCACCCUUGCUUGGAAAGGAUUCAAUAAAAUCAAAAGGUGCUGGAGCUGGUCAGAUUGAUCUAGCAGGAAGAUGGUUGCCAUUGGCUAUUUUAUUUUUCUUUCCGUGGCAAGACUGUCAUGGUGCCUGGGUAUUUCAGGAACUACAGUAUAAAAAUGGACUGUGGAGGAAAGAACCUAACAGACCAGUAACAAUGGAAGAAAUUGAGAAAGUUAUCAAAAAGCUACCAUCCCCCAAAACACCAGGCCCAGAUGGUGUUACAGGUGAAUUCCUUUAACUUUGAAGGAAAAGGUCUGUGUGAUGUCUGGUGUAAAAGAUAGGUGGGGUCCCGUAUUUGCUUGUGCAUUGUGUGUGGUGAGAAGUUGUUCUGGUUAAAGUAGAUGCAGAAAAUCCAACUUCACACAGGUUAAAAAUACCCUUCAUGAAGAAGAAAGAUCCUAAGCAACAUGGUGGAUUCAGAAGCUCAUGAAAAGAGGCCGCCCAUCCUGACAUCUUCAAAACAAGACCUGUCACCUCAUAUCACGAAUGUCGGGGAGAUGAAGCAUUACUUGUGUGGCUGCUGUGCAGCCUUCAACAACGUAGCCAUCACGUUUCCCAUUCAGAAGGUGCUCUUUCGGCAGCAGCUGUAUGGGAUCAAAACGAGGGACGCGGUGCUCCAGUUGCGGAGGGAUGGUUUCCGAAACUUGUACCGGGGCAUCCUGCCCCCACUGAUGCAGAAGACGACGACACUGGCACUCAUGUUUGGGCUCUACGAGGACUUAUCUUGCCUUCUCCGCAAGCACAUCCGUACCCCCGAGUUUGCGACCCGCAGUGUGGCCGCAGUGCUUGCAGGGACGACAGAAGCAAUUUUCACUCCAUUGGAAAGAGUUCAGACAUUGCUUCAAGACCACAAGCAUCAUGACAAAUUUACAAACACUUACCAUGCUUUCAAGGCACUCAAAUGCCAUGGAAUUAGAGAGUAUUAUCGAGGCUUGGUACCUGUUCUUUUCCGUAAUGGAUUCAGCAAUGUCCUUUUCUUUGGCCUUCGAGGUCCCAUUAAGGAGCAUCUGCCUACUGCCACAACUCACAGUGCUCAUCUGGUCAAUGAUUUUAUCUGUGGAGGUCUGUUGGGUGCCAUGUUGGGAAUCUUGUUUUUCCCAGUUAAUGUCGUGAAGACUCGCAUGCAGUCUCAGAUUGGUGGGGAGUUUCAGUCUUUUCCCAAGGUUUUCCAGAAAAUCUGGCUAGAGCGGGACAGGAAGCUGACGAAUCUUUUCAGAGGUGCUCACCUGAAUUACCAUCGCUCCCUCAUCUCUUGGGGCAUAAUCAAUGCAACUUAUGAGUUCUUGUUAAAGAUUAUAUGAAAGAAACCAUCAGUUAAGUGCCAUUUGUUAACUGAAUAGACCUAAGAAGAACGCAGUUUGGCCUGGUUUCUAAUUGGCCAAAUACAAGUUGGUGUCAUAAGUUCAGGGCACAGUGAAUUAUGGGCAAAGCUGUUUUCUUGAAGCACCAACAAAUUCAGAAUAAAAGGUUCUAAUAGGAAAAUUUAAGGGGUUUUUGGUUUUGUUUUUUCAUUAUUAUCCGAGAACUUUAGGCUAAUUGCCUGGUUAAGAGCUGUCUCUCUGACUGCUUUUGACAAGGAAAACAGCCACAGUAUGAUUCUUUUUCCCAAAAGUCUUUAAAAUCUUCCGUAUUGAAAUGUCAGUGGCCAUGAGCAGCCAGAGAAAAGGCUCUUAGAGCCAUGUGAAUUCUCAGGCUUCCUUCUCUUACUCCAUUUCUUGCUUCUCUGCUUUUAGGAGGAGUUACAGAGGGUAGUCUUCGUUAAACAUAAGCGUACACAUGUAGGACAAACAACAGAAGAGAAUAGCUUAAUAGGUGUAGGCUUUUUAUGAUAAAUUGCUUAUAUUAGUUUUGAAACUAAGUACCUGUUUGGAUAGUCCUUAUCUAGACUACUCAGACAUGGUGUGGCAGAACCAAGCAAGCUAGUCCAAGCUCCCAUUUUCCUGUCUAGCUUGGAAGGUUUUGUGUCUAGUUCUGAGUGUGACCUUAAACCCUUCCCAAAUCCCCUUAUGUUAAUUUCACUUAUUUCAUUGCCAAAACACGGGGAGACUUACAUUUCGUUACAGGCAUUUCUUCCUGUGAAGAAAUUUCAUAUUAAUUGCAAACUCUGGUUAAUUCAGUUUCUUUGAUUAAUUGUUGCCAACUUCAUGAAGAGAUUUGGGAGAUUGGGGAGUGUUUUUUUCUUUGAGUUGUAGUUUGUCAUAUCGAAGUAUCCUGUUUUCUUAAAACUCGCUUUAAAAAAAAAAAACCACUUCUAUAAGAUUGUAUUUUGGAAGUCUAUUAAUGGGAUUCUAGAUUUCUCUCUCCUGGUUUUUAAGCAUUACAGAAGGGGAGAAAACAAAUCUCAGGAUAGCUUUCCCCCCAGUAUUAGCUUUUUUAUUUGAGUCUUGAAAUAGAGACUUCUAUUAGGAUUUUUACAUUUGGGAACCCAGUUUUAUCAUUUUAUCAUUAAAACAUUAAGACAGUUUGAGAUAAGAUCAAAAUAAAGAUAUUUGUUGGGUUAAUUUUAAAUGCUACUAGUUCGUAAUAGCUGGAUAGCAUACUCAUCCCUUACUUGAUAGAGAAAAA